AUGAUCAAGCUGUACGGCUACCCGCCGUCGCACGCGACGCGCCGCGCCGCGCUCAUCUUCAAGGAGCUCGGCCUCCCGUACGAGCUCGUCAAGGUCGACAUGACCACGGAGGCGCACAAGGCCGCGCCGUACCUCGCCCAGCAGCCGUUCGGGCAGGUGCCGUACAUCGACGACGACGGCCUCGUCCUCUUCGAGAGCCGCGCGAUCGCGCGCUACCUCGUCGCCAAGUACGCGCGCCCCGAGCACAAGGCGCUCAUGCCCACCCCCGCGGGCGACCUGGAGCGGUUCGCGCGGUUUGAACAGGCCGUGAGCGUGGAGAUGAGCAACUUCGACGUGUACAUGGGCGCGCUCUCGUGGGAGGUGAUUUUCAAGAGGUAUACGGGGGUCAUGACGGACGAAGCGAUCGUCACGGACCUGCUGCAGACGCUAAACAGCAAGCUGGACGCGUACGAGGUCCUCCUGGCCAAGAACCGAUACCUCGCCGGGGACGAAGUGACACUGGCGGACCUUUUCCACCUACCUUUCGGUAACACCCUGGGGAGCAUGGGGUACGAUCUGCUCACCACUUCGUCGAGGCCAAACGUGUCCCGGUGGUGGAAGGACAUCAGCUCGCGCCCGGCAUGGCAAGCCGUGAAGGAGAAUGCUUGA